GAGUACAGCACAGCAUCAAUACUUCCGCUUGGGAUUUAUGACGUAGCGUCUGAGAAAGCGAGUUCUUCCAGGUCGAGGAGUGGACGUGGUCCCUGCGAACUUUCUACCAACGUGAGUGGAAAAGAAAUGCUACAAGUAGAAUUGGUUAAUUUCAAUAAGCUUAAAAGUGAUUUGCAGACAGUGCAAGUUGAGGCUGUAUGACAGGAGAGUGACUGAAGUGUGUGUAAACUGUAGGACCUUGACUCUCGGUCGGUAAGACUGAAGAUUGGCUCUGAUCUUGGCGACCAUGUCACGACGCACCGUCAAAGUACAACAACUACCAUGAAAAGAUAGUGAUUAUCAUGUAUAAAAACAAACACUUACAGCUGCUUUGUGUGCAUAGAUAUUGGCUUACAUAUUUCUAUUUGCGUCAUUAAUGAAUUAUGAGUUUGACAGCUUUGUGGUUGUCCAAAUUUGCGAUUAGUGCGCAGGCGCGGGGGGUGGAGACGCUUUAGUUACUUCUCGUUGGCUACCUGCAAACACAAGACGAGCCCUGGUUGUAAAAAUUCAUAGAUUCUUUAUUUUAGGUCUUGAAAAGUUGUUGCAAACAGUUUGAGUCAUAUAACAUAUUAAUCAAUGUUUGCUUUUUAGUUUUCUGAUAUAAGAUUGUGGGAUUAACAAAUAAUUGAGUUUUGCAUACUUCAUUAAAUUAAUCCAGUUUUAUUGAUAACGUCUCAUACUAAAGAUGCGGUGUGCAAAUUCAUUUGUUUACAGAGUAUGAGCCAUAACAAAAAGCUGCUAUUUUUAUCCAAGCACUAUCUAGUUAACACCUGCCGAGUGUCCACAGUUGCUGUGGCAUAUGUUUGCCAGCACUCACAGCUGAUGCAGCUUUUAAAAUCAGUCAAUUUUGAAAUUACAAAGGCAAGUCAUAGCAGUAGUAUUUAGUGUUAAGGUAAUGGAGGUGAAAUUGAUGAGUUUUAGGGUUAGGGAAUGGCUGAUGAAUGGCUAAUUUUGUUAGUCUAAGGCAGGGGUGGGCAAUAAGUUUUUACAUGAGAAACCCGAACUGUGUUGGAGGGCCGAACCAACAAUAAUUUCAACUUCAAAUCAGGGGGGUUCACACGUACAGAAAAGCAAGCCCAAAUAAGCAACUACUAGUUAAAACAAGCUAAAAAAAAGUGCACCCGUGACUCACGAGUUUUACAAGCGACUUCUGAGAGAAACAAGCCUAAAGUCUUUCAUAAUAAGCGGACUGAGCAACUAUAAGGCGUCUACAAAUAUUUUGCCGAUGUUUAAACUUGUCUCUGUUCACAACUGCAGAUGUAGGACGUGCAUCCAAACGGAAAUAAAAUAAUGGCUAGGUUUUCAAAACAAAAGCAACACACUUGUAUAGCAUGUUGAUAAUUUGUUUGACAGACCUCACAAAGGGCCGGACAGGGACAUCCAAGGGGCCGGAUGUGGCCCUCGGGCCGUAAAAUGCCCAGGUCUGGUCUAGGGAAUUAUCAGGUUUACGUUUCUUAAAUGUUAGAUACCUGAUUUGCUGCAUUUGUCUUUAAAGUAAUAUAAUCAAAUAAAACAAAAACUUCUCCUAAGGCCCCAAAAAUGGUAAUGGGUGUUGUUUGCCUUAAUCUGAAGUCUAACAAGUUUUCAAUAUUUCUACAGAUAGUAAUUAGAUAAAUUUAUAGGUAAUAUAGUGGAGCUGUAAGUAGUCACUCUCAAAAAAAUACAAGCCGAGCGUAUCUGAUUCUUGCAGUGUGAUUUUUCUGUCAAUGAUUGUUUAAAUAUGGUGUGAACAUUUUUUACUGGCUAAAUAAAUUUUUAACUUGGUUUACCUCCAGCACCCAUGCAGCACUGCCUCACUCUAACCCUUGCCCGGCACAGCAGGCUCAUCUUACGAAAUAAACUACGGUCGGUCCACUGCCAGCAGUCUGCAGCAAUGUCAGGUCUCCUCAUCAACCAGCCUAAAUAUUCCUGGCUAAAAGAGCUCGGCCUGUCAGAAGACAACCCUGGUGUUUACAAUGGCAGCUGGGGAGGCAGCGGAGAGGUCAUCACUUCAUAUUGCCCCGCCAACAAUGAGCCUAUUGCCAGAGUAACCCAGGCUACUAUGGCGGAGUAUGAAGAAACAGUCCAGAAGACAAAAGAAGCUUGGAAGAUUUGGGCGGAUAUUCCUGCUCCAAAAAGAGGGGAGAUUGUGAGGCAGAUUGGAGAUGCUCUCAGGAAAAAGAUCAAAGUCCUCGGCAGCCUGGUGUCCUUGGAAAUGGGCAAAAUCUACGUUGAAGGAGUUGGAGAGGUUCAGGAAUACGUUGAUGUCUGUGAUUAUGCAGUUGGUCUUUCAAGAAUGAUCGGCGGGCCCAUCCUGCCAUCAGAAAGACCAGGCCAUGCCCUCAUUGAGCAGUGGAACCCAGUUGGUUUGGUUGGCAUCAUCACCGCCUUUAACUUUCCUGUUGCUGUCUAUGGCUGGAACAAUGCAAUUGCUUUGACCUGUGGCAACGUCUGCCUCUGGAAAGGAGCUCCCACUACACCUCUCACAAGUGUUGCAGUUUCCAAGAUCGUAGCCGAGGUACUGGAGCAGAACAAUCUGCCUGGUGCCAUCUGCUCCAUGACCUGUGGAGGUGCUGAUAUUGGUUCUGCCAUGGCAAAGGAUGAGCGUGUUGAUCUGGUGUCUUUCACAGGCAGCACCCACGUCGGCAAGAUGGUGGCCAUGAUGGUUCAGGAAAGGUUUGGUCGUAAACUGCUGGAGCUUGGUGGAAACAACGCCAUUAUUGUCUUUGAAGAUGCCGACCUGAAUCUUGUGGUGCCCUCUGCAGUGUUUGCAUCAGUGGGAACCGCUGGCCAGCGCUGCACCACAACUAGAAGGCUGAUGCUUCAUGAGAGUGUUCAUGACACAGUGGUGGAGAGGGUCGCAAAGGCCUACAAACAAGUCCGCAUUGGUGACCCCUGGGAUCCCAGCACUCUAUAUGGACCUCUGCACACCAAACAAGCUGUGGACCAGUACCUGGCAGCCAUUGAGCAGGCCAAGCAGCAGGGAGGCACUCUGGUCUGUGGUGGAAAGGUGAUGGAUAGACCUGGAAACUACGUGGAGCCGACCAUCAUCACAGGACUGCCUCAUGACGCUCCUAUCGUCCACACAGAAACCUUCGUCCCCAUACUGUAUGUCCUAAAGUUCAAGACAGAAGAGGAGGCAUUUGCCUGGAACAACGAGGUUCAGCAGGGCCUGUCAAGUAGCAUCUUCACUAAAGAUCUUGGUCGGGUUUUCCGCUGGCUGGGGCCGAAAGGAUCCGACUGUGGCAUCGUGAAUGUCAACAUUCCCACAAGUGGAGCUGAGAUUGGAGGAGCCUUCGGUGGUGAGAAACACACAGGAGGUGGAAGAGAGUCUGGCAGUGACUCAUGGAAGCAGUACAUGAGGCGCUCCACCUGCACAAUAAACUACAGCAAGGAUCUUCCUCUGGCCCAGGGAAUCAAGUUUGAGUAAAGCCUUAAGGUGUCUGGGUUUUUUUUUUUCAGAUAUGAUGAGCCCAAAUAAUAAUAAAAAAGCAGAAUAUUUUGGCUUCAGAUUGCAGCUGAACAAAUACUUUAUAUUUGUCACUGUGUUUUUGCGUUCAGAAAUAUCUAAAUUCAGACAGAAAUGAAAAGUUGGAUUUGUUACAUUUUUUCUGUCAUAACAUCUGUCUGUAGUUGGUGAAUUUGAUACUAAUCCUGGUUUUGGAGUCAACUAUUUAAAAAAGUUUUUUGUGAAAGGUCAAAUAUUCUCCCCUGUUAUGACUGCCAGCACUUUUCUACAAGCACUUAGGAAGGGAGUGUGAGUGCUAGGUGACUGUAUCAGAUACUUUGUACUGUAUGGAAAAAACAAUCUUGCCCUUUAUAUCAGAAUAGUGACUGAGGUGAAAAUUAUCAAUGUGAAGAGACAAUCGGAAGUUCAUGUAGCACUCCUCGCAGAGAGCUUCUGAAUUUUUUCAACAGCAUUAACAAAAUCUUAAACAGUUCAACUUUAUUGGAGGAUAGCCACUGAUACACUUUUAUUGCCUCUAAAAUCAUAAUUAUACUGGACUUUGAAACGAGUGCACUCUCUAUGAAGGGUCACACUGUGCUUUCCUGUCAAUAAAACAAUAAAUAAAGCAAUUCAUUUUGAUUUGAA